UGAAAAAGCAGAAGAGCAAACUUCGGAAGAGACAGGGACUCAGAUACAGAGAAGUUAGGCAUAACGCCCAGUCUCUAUACUGAAAGAAAACCCACUUUCAGUUUCCACCUAUAGCUUCUUCUUCCUCAUCCUUUAAACCCUAUUCUGGUUAUGUUUCUGCUUCCAUUUACUGUCAAACUUUUGCAAAUUUCAGUACAGUAGACAGACCUUCAAUAUCACUGAUGGCCUCAGCCAUGGAAGCAUCUCCUUACAGCUCAAAGACAAGUGAAGGUUCAGAGUUCAGCUUGAGAGAAUGGGAAUUGAAGGCACGAAGAAAUGAAGACAGGACUAAAUCCAGAAGAUACUCUGCAUCAUAUAUCAGAAGCUUUAAUGAAGAAACUAGAUCUUUUAGAUCACCAAACAUCACCUUCUCUAGUGCUGCUUCUUCACCUGCAUACCCCUUAAAAGAUGGGAUAGACCCUUCCACCUAUUCUUUCAAUACUGCUAUCAGAGCAUUACAAGCAAGGUCAUGCUACAACAGUUGGGAGUGCUUAUCUCCAGAUGGGUUAGCUUUGAAUUCAAAGUGGAAUGAAGCAGAAAAGUAUAUAUGUAACCCUCUUUCUGGGGAGGUACCAUUGGAGUGUUUAUCUUCAAAAGCUCUGAUCAGCAGUGGAAGAUCAUUUCGUAAAUCAUCAAACAGAGUUGUUACCAUAUUUGAUAAUCCUACAGCUUACUCUUCAAGAAAUCCUCAGACAAAGACAUCAUCAACCGACACACAUGAAGAUGAAGAUGAAGUUCUUCGGUUUCCAGUUUCAGAAAAAAAGAAAGAUGGAAAGACAAGAGAUGUGGGGACUCAAAGUACUCUUCCUUAUCUGAGUUCAAGCAGCCCGAGCCCCGCUUCAACUCCAUCCAUUACAGACAGAUCUAUAAAGGAACUUGCAGAUUCACCUUCUUCAAAUGCUAAAACCAAACCAGAUCAAGAGGUAGAAGAGAAGGAUGAAGACAGAGAAAUGGAAAAGAAUCAUGAGUUGGGGAAGCAGGUGGAUCAACUUUACAGGCAAAGUGGGUGCUUUCCAUGGAUCAAGAAGAAGAGGCUAAAAGAUAAAGAGAAAGGAAGACAUAUAAUGAUUAAUAUCUUCAUCGCUAGAUGUCAAAGAAAAGAGUCUGUAAAAUGAUAAAGAAAAGAUAACAUUUUCAGUAAUUUUGCUGGUUAGUUUGCGCUUUUUGGAAAGAAACGGAAAAUAAAAUUACGAAAAUAAAAGGCCAAAAUGAUCAUGCAAUGAUUUGUACUUUGUAUGGCGAAAAUUGGCUUGUGUCGCACAUCCUCAUGAUUGACAUGGACAACUAUCACAUUGUUUUAAGUCAUGGAUCCUAUAUAAAAGAAUUUUUUUUCUUAA